AUGGAGAGGCAGCCUUCACCAUCACCCAACAAAGAUAACCCUCCUUUAACUGAGCUCCAGCAUCAGAACAAAGAUGAUCAACAACAACGCCCCAAACUUAAAUCCUCGAAAACAGAGCCUUUAAACAAAAGACGUUUACCUAAAUUCGAAGUACCUCGUUUUCGAUCUUUGAAUGAUAAUAGACGUCUUCUUUCUUUACGCCGACAUCAAAGCACACCACAGUCACCCACCACCUUUUCCUUCAACACCGAAUCUUUAUUGACCAAACCACUACCAGCUGUUCCACGACCACCAAGAUCAUCUUCCACCACCAAUCCACUCUUAGAUGUUGCUCUUUCAAAGCAUCAACAAACAUCUUGGGUCACCUUGCAGCAUUACUGCAACUGCAUUCGUAGUCGCUGUGCGACCUUAUUACAAGACGACAAUGUAGACGACACAUUGAGCUGGACUCAAGUCAUGACUCUCUUGAAUACGCUACAACACGCUUUGAAGCAAAUAUCAACAUUGAAAUCGCUCGCAGACCAUAUCAAUGAUAUUCAAUCAACUUUGGAAGGACUCAAGGAUCAUUGUAUUGAUGAACAAGGCGAUAAGCUUGAUAUGAUUCGUCAAUUGGAUGUUUUAUUGGCCAAUUUGAUCAAGGCUUCUGAUGCAACCUCCACGUGUAUUGUGCCGACUCUAGCCGAUGAAAGUCAUAUCGUGGAGACACCUCAAUAUCUCAUCAUCGACAACGAUGGCAAGCAUGACAAUGAACAACACCAUUCGAUACCUGAUUAUGCAUCACACCAUCCAGAAUACAUUCAUCCUUGCGCAACAUGGUUCCGAACCUAUUUUGUUGGCAAGCCGUACAUCACAUUGGUAGGCGACAAUCCUUCGACGAUCGUAGUGGUGGUACAUCAUGGAGAAAAAGGAACAUGCAGGAUCAUCAUUCGUUCCACGUGCAAGAAGUAUGCUGGUUAUCAUCUUCUCGAGCACAAUCAACCAGUGGAAUCCCCUCGUGAAGUAGUGAAUAUGGUGUGUCCCAGCUUGAACACGCGUGAUUUCCGAUUAUUGUCAGCCCAGGAAACCAUUCUAGCAGGGAUGGAAAAGCAAUUGCUGCGAUUUGAGGAAAUGGGUAUGCCACAGCAUUACAAGUUUGGUGUACUCCAUGUACGCAAAGAUCAGCAUACAGAAGAAGAAUGGUUUUCAAAUUCUGGUUUGUCAUCUGAUUUGGAGGAAUUGCUCGAUUUGUUGGGCGAACGUAUCACAUUGGAAGGAUACUCUGGGUAUGCUGGAGGAUUGGAUACAAAAGCCGGUGAAUCGGGAAUCAUAUCGUAUGCAUCAACAUGGCAAAAGCACAAUAUCAUGUUCCACGUCGGUCCCUUGAUGCCUCUGCGAAAGAGUGAUACUCAGCAAAUCCACCGUAAGAGACAUAUUGGAAAUGACAUUGUAUGCCUGGUACUUGUUGAAGAGGAUGCCGUAUUUGAUCCAACCAAGAUCCGAUCACAGUUUUUGCAUGUAUUCAUUGUCGUCCAGAAACAGGAGGAUGGAUGGAGGAUACAAGUCAUUCGUGAUAGCAAGGUUUCGUAUUUUGGCCCUACCAUUCCCAGCCCUGAGCAAUUGAAAUCAAACAAGCUGAAGGAUUUCCUGUUGCUGAAAAUGAUCAAUGGCGAAAAUGCAGCCUUGAAAUCAGACAAAUUCGCUAUUCCAAACGACAAGGCACGAGAUGGAAUUUUGAGUGGCAUGGUAACCAGCUUUUUACCGUAUCAACAACCAAUGCAGCAUAAAAGCUCUUCUGAAAUCAAUGUUGCACCAUCAAAAUCGGAACGACCUCGUUCAGCUGGUCCUUCAACGUGGCGUCCAUCACUUGACAGUAUUCCCAUUCCUCCCAUUCCAUCCCCUUCACGUUCUACCAUGCUGCGUGACUUCAAGGAAGGUAUUGCUGCCCGACGCAGGCGUCGUAGCAGUGGAGCUGCAGUGGCAACCCAAUCUCAACAGGCAAACAAAGCUUCAUCACCCAAUGCUACCUCUGUCAAUGGACACACCUCUUCGUUUGUACGUCGAAUGGGACGCAACAAGAAAUCCGAUACCACAACCGUUACAGCUGUAUGA